GAGGGGGCGGCCGGGGCGCAGAGCGGCGGCGGGGCUGGCGGCGGAGCGUUGCGCGCCGACGGGAUGGGCUCGCCGGGGGAGCCCCGCGCCCCGCUGGCCGCCCAGGACGAGGACGACGAGGACGCCGCCGCGGCCGAGCGGGAGGGCGGCGGCGGCGGCGGCGAGCUGGACUCGCGGAGCUCGGCGGGUGACGUCGGCGGGGAGCGGCGCGUCGACAAGUUCGGCUUCCUGGUGGCCGCCGACGGGCAGGAGGCGGGGGACCCCCCGGAGGCGCCGCUGGAGGAGGUGCCGCUGGAUGUGCUGAGACAGAGGGAAUCAAAAUGGCUGGACAUGCUGAACAACUGGGACAAGUGGAUGGCGAAAAAGCACAAGAAGAUCCGGCUGAGAUGCCAAAAGGGGAUCCCACCUUCGCUGCGUGGCCGGGCCUGGCAGUACCUCUCGGGGGGCAAAGUCAAGCUGGAACAGAACGCCGGCAGGUUUGAUGAGCUGGACGUGGCUGUGGGGGAGCCCAAAUGGCUGGAUGUGAUUGAGCGAGAUCUCCACCGUCAAUUUCCAUUCCAUGAGAUGUUUGCUGCUCGAGGAGGCCAUGGGCAACAAGAUCUCUUCCGGGUGCUGAAAGCCUACACUCUGUACCGGCCGGAGGAAGGGUAUUGCCAGGCGCAGGCUCCAAUCGCAGCAGUGCUGCUGAUGCACAUGCCCGCUGAGCAAGCUUUCUGGUGCCUUGUGCAAAUAUGUGAGAAAUAUCUUCCUGGCUAUUACAGCGAGAAGCUGGAGGCCAUCCAGUUGGAUGGCGAAAUCCUCUUCUCGCUGCUGCAGAGGGUCUCCCCGCUGGCUUACAAGCAUCUCAGCAAGCAGAAGAUCGACCCCAUCUUGUACAUGACGGAGUGGUUCAUGUGCGCCUUCUCCAGGACCCUGCCCUGGAGCUCUGUGCUGCGGGUCUGGGAUAUGUUCUUCUGCGAAGGCGUCAAGAUCAUCUUCCGCGUGGGUCUCGUGCUCCUGAAGUACACGCUGGGUUCUUCGGAGAAGCUGCGAAGCUGCCAAGGCCAGUACGAGACGAUGGAGCAGCUGAGAGCCCUGAAUUCCAAAAUCAUGCAAGAGGCUUUCCUUGUGCAAGAGGUCAUAGAGUUGCCAGUGACGGAGCGCCACAUCGAGCGGGAACACCUGAUCCAGCUGAAGAAGUGGAAGGAGACCCACGGAGAGCUGCAAUGCAAGUCUCCUCCCCGUUUCCACGGUGCCAAGGCUAUCAGGGACUCUGAGCCGUACCCCCACAAAGCCUUGGAGCCCUCUCCUUCCAUCAUCCUGCCCCCCGGCGCCGCCCUCUCCCCCAAGGGCCGCAAGGGCAAGCUGUGGAAGGGCACCCCCAAAGGGCCUGUCGCCGUGGGCAACCAAGCCAAUGGCCCCAUCCCCGAAGAAAACGGAUCUCAGACUUUGCUGGAGCCCGACUCUUUCCUUCUCCAUCAGUCCAAGGAGAGCCUUAGUUCCCGGGAGAGCGAGGACACCUAUCUGUAGGGGUGGGGAUUGCACUUUCCAGAUCACAGACCCCCCCCUCGCUCCCUCCCAGACCACAGACCAGACUGUACCAGGGAGACACACCCUCGAUAGGAAAAUGGUUAGCUGGGAUUGUAAGGAGGGGAGAGCAAUUUGUCGGAGGGCAGGCGGGUAAGUAUCAGGCCUUCCGACGGUCAGAAGAAAGAGCCCCGUACGGACCCCCAGUUGGAAAGGGCUAGGAGCGCCCCUGCUGCCCUCUGCUAUGGUGGGGGGUGGCGUUUUUGAGGCUGGGAAUCACUGAAGUCACACAAACACACACCCCUGUUGCUUCGGGGGGGGGGAAGUUUGAUUGGCCAGAAUCACACAGGUAUAGAAACAUAGGAAAGGAAUAUGGCCACCUAUAGAGCACUAAAUUAGAGGCGUGGUUUGGCACAGGAUCCCAUUUUCUGAUAGGAAUAAAUGGAGGACGUCCCCUUAACUCUGACCUCUCUCGGGCCAAAGUGCAACAGCUCCUUUAAUUCUUCCCAGGCUGUGGCCCGUCUUUCACGCGUGCAAUUGCCUUUGCCCUCGAGUCUUACAUUCCACCCUUGAUCAGAGAAGCUGCUGCGCUUCUCUCUCUCUCUCAGAUGCUACCUCUCUCUCUCUCGGCCCUCGCGUAAGCUGGCGACCUCCAAAACCCUAAGCCUGCAGCCGGCUCUGUUGCACCAAGCCUGUGAUGGGAGCUGCAGUCCAUCUGGGCCCCGUUUUCUCCUGCUAAGGUUCUCCGGAUGAACCAAGUUUCUCCUUGGUCGCUCAAGGAGGAGCUCUUAAGUUGAGUGAACGGCGUUAGACGGGGACAUGCUAAUGCCCUGCGUUCUGUCUUAUGCGUAGGAAGAAUUUGACUUGGCUGUCCUGUCCUUCCCCUAAUCCUCGCACGGCCCACCGUGAGCCAUUUCCUCUCCGCAGAAACGGAAUAUAUCUGAGACACGGACGCGUCUCCUCGGGCUGCUAAAAGUCAGAGAGCUAAAAAGGAAAGCCCAUCCUGCUUAGCUGUGCUGUCUUGACCAAAUUCCCAUAUGCUGGACGGACCAGAAAUGUUGAAUUCCCCUCUUUCCCUGAUUCUGGACCAGAAGGAACGCUGGCCCAAAAAAUCUGAUUAUUUGUAUGAUUUUUCCAAGUGGUUUGGAUGCCAGUCUCUCUUCCUGCAUUCCAGCGCUGUGGUUUUUGUUUUGUGUUUCCUCUUUAAAAAAAGCACUCCAUUUCCAGGACACUAAAAUCCCCCUCCCUUUUUUUUCUUUUCCCACCUUGGCGACAAACUGAGUUGGUUUUUUUGUUGUGUUUUGGCCAAUGUCCACGAAGUUAAAACAGCUGCUCGAAGUGGCCUAACCUCUGGUGCCAUCUCUCCAUGAACGUUAAGGCACCUCCCUAAAAUGAGGGGUUCAGACAUGCAAAAUGCGAAGUCCCUGCCUGAUUGUUGUAGCCUGUUGCUUUCCGUCUUUUGUAAUUCCUUAGGCAACUGUAAACAGACACUUUACUUUUUGCAGGAAGCAAAGUUGGGGUGACGGGAACCUCUGUGGUUUAUUAAGGAGGUGCAGGAAGAGGUUCCUUACCCCCCCCCACUUGCCCCCUCCCCUUUUGUGGCAUAAACUUGGUUGGUUGGGGGAGGCACCAAGUAGUGUUUUUUUUCCCUUGGCGGAAACAAAAGUGCAUAUUUGGGGAAGAGUGUGGAACAGGAGUGCUAUUCUCUGUUUCCUUCUCCUGCACCAGAUUAUGGCUGAUCGGUGAGAUUCUUGCGUGCGGAUUUUUUAAAAAGGAAAUCAAUUGCUGAAACUGUUUUGUAUAAGAGGCGAAAUAAACCGGAAUUAUGUAUAUUC